AUGAGUGAUUCAAGACUUCUAUGUAACUCAUUAUUUAAUGAUGAAGAUGAAGAUGAAGAUGAAGAAAUGUUAAUAGAUGAAUUUCCUAAUAUUAAUAAAUUUGUAACAAAUCCAAAUUUAAGCUUUAAUCUUGAUCAAAUUCCAGUUAAACAAUAUCCGAGAUUAUUUGAAAAAUAUCCAAAACGAACAACUUCACAACCUUAUAAUUCAAUAAUAUCGAAACUACCACCAUAUAUAAUAUCUAUUAUCCUUGAAUAUGUCAGCCAAUUUGAUUUAGUUAAUUUAUGUUUAACUUGUUCUCAUUUUUAUAGAUUAUCAAUUGAGAGAUUAUAUAAAAGGAUAACUAUAAUUAUAAAUGCUGAAUUACCAGUGAAAUAUUCCAAUAGUCAAGAUUAUAUAAUUGAAAACGGUUUAAAACAUAUGGACUCAUCAUUAAUUUUUAAAUUUGAAAAUUUGAUUAAAUUUAUAACCACCCUAAAUUUAAAUUUUGAUUUAAUUCAAUUUAUCAAAUAUUUCAUAUUUGAUAAAUGUUUAUUUAAAGAUGAAGAGAAAUUACAAAUAUUACAAAACCAUUUCAUUUCAUUCUUUGGUAAGUAUAGUACUGGAUUAAAUUUUUUGCAUAUUUCAUUUAUUGAUUUUAACCAAGGGAUAGUUAAAUUAACAAAUUUUCUUAAAAAUGCAAAUGUAAGGAAUAAAAUGUUUAAAUUAUUAAUUACUAGUUGGUCCGAAUUAUUUGAACCUUUUGUACCGAGUAAUAUGACAAAUUUAUUUAUGAUGUUACAAGAUCAAGAUGUCGUCAGAGAGUCGAUAAAUCUCAAUGCAGAACCUUAUAACAUGUUUAAUAGCUUGUUUACUUUAACAGUUUCAACUACGAAACAAUUGGGUUUAAGUAUAUUGGAUAAAAUUGUUUUAAAUAGUCCAAGAAUGAAAUUGAAAUUAAAAGGAUUAACUAUAUUCCAUAAACAUAAAGUUACACCAAAUGAUAUGGAAGAUUUAAUGUUAGAGAGUCAUCAAUUAAACACAGAUCCGUCUGAUGAAGAAAUCAAACCCAUGAAAUUAGACUUUGAAUCAAUAAAUUCCAAAAUUGAUAUAAAUUAUUUAUCUCAUUUAUAUUUAAAAGUCGAUUGUAAUGAACAUAGAGAUAGUUUGUGCAAUUGUUUUGAAAAGUUUUUCAAUGAUUUUAGUGAAUAUUCAAGAUUAAAUAAUGGGUUACCAAAUCUUAAAAAUUUUGAAAUUGAAUCAUAUCCAAAUUUAAAUUGGUUAAGACCACAUCAACAAAUGGAAAAUAUAUUGGUACCAUUAGGUGGAUUUAUAAAAACAUUGGGUAAUCUAUCAAGUUUAACUAUAGAUUUCUCAACUCCUGGUUUUAAGAUGUUUGAUAAUAAUUUAGGAUUAUCUAAUUACUUGCUAAAUAAAUUGAAUGAACAUUUAAUGGAAGCUUUUUUUUUAAGUUUCUUCACAAAUGAUAAAUUACCAUUACUUACAAAUUUAAAAGUUUUACAAUUGCCUGAUUUUUUUACAAGUUUUGUUUAUUAUAAACCAGAUUUUAUGGAAAGUUUAUUACAUACAUGUAAAUGUUGGGGAUGCCAGUUAGUUUUAGAGAAACUAGAAGAUGAAUUUUUUGAUAAAGAUGAAGAUAUAGACUUACAAAGUAGUUAUUAUAUGUUAAUUGGAUAUAUUUUAGGUAAAUUACAAGCAGAUAGAGAAGUUUGUAUACCGAUCAAGGAAAAGACAUUUUUAUAUAGUUCAUAUCCAAUAUUUAAAGGACAAGCACAUACAUUACAUUUAGCAUUCCAUAAAGAUCAAGAAGAAGAAGGUGAAGUAAUUAAUAAAUGUAAAUGUGAUAUAAUUAAUGAUUCAUAUGGUUUAGAUCCAAUGAAUAUUGAUACUUUGGUUACUACAUAUAUAGUUCAUCAAAUCAAACCAAUUAUUAAAUUCUUGUCGAUAAUGUUUUUGAGUUUGGAGAACUUAAUGAUUCAUGGAAUAUAUUAUGAAAAGGAUUUGAAAACAAAAGAAUUCCAUCCAAUUUAUGAUUCAAAAGAAUAUCCAGAUGAACUACUACAAUUAGCUGCAGAGAGAAUACAGAAUAAUGUUACGCCAAAAGGGCCGUUUGGUAAUUUUAGAAAAUGA